AGCAAAAAUUGGGGAAUAGGUUAAGGUGGAAUGUAUCUUCUCUCCCACUCCCUAAUUCCCAAUCGUGCAAUCUCUCCAACCUUGCGUCUUGGAUCAGCCAGAGUGGUGAGAGCAAUGGGGGCCCACACCACUACUCUCGAACUCAAUCGCUUCGCCGAGGUCGGUAACAGAGUCGCCGAUGCCGCCGGUGAAGUUAUCCGCAAAUAUUUCAGGAACAAAUUAGACAUUCUUGACAAACAUGAUCUCAGUCCAGUAACCAUAGCGGAUCAAUCUGCUGAGGAAGCUAUGGUUUCAAUCAUACAAGACAAUUUCCCUUCUCAUGCCAUUUACGGAGAGGAAAAUGGAUGGAAGUGUAAAGAAAAAAGUGCUGACUAUGUUUGGGUAUUAGAUCCCAUUGAUGGUACAAAGAGCUUUAUUACUGGGAAACCCUUAUUUGGUACUCUCAUUGCUCUUCUACAAAACGGCUCACCAAUCCUUGGCAUAAUUGAUCAACCUGUGUUAAGAGAAAGAUGGAUUGGGAUAACUGGAAAGAGAACUACGCUGAAUGGACUAGAAGUGUCCACACGCACUUGUGCGGACCUUUCUCAAUCAUACUUGUACACCACAAGCCCGCACCUGUUCAGUGGAGAUGCAGAAGAGGCAUUCAUCCGUGUUAGAAGCAAGGUUAAAACUCCAUUAUAUGGCUGCGACUGCUAUGCAUAUGCUCUUUUGUCUUCUGGCUUUGUGGAUCUUGUUGUUGAGUCCGGUCUGAAGCCAUACGAUUUUCUUGCAUUGAUACCUGUCAUUGAAGGCGCUGGGGGUAUCAUAACUGAUUGGAAAGGACAUCAACUCUCUUGGCAGGCUUCUCCACUUUCAAUCGCUACAAGUUUUAAUGUGGUGGCGGCUGGUGACAGACAGAUUCAUCAACAGGCUCUAGAUUUAUUACAAUGGAAGUGACAGUAUGGAUAAUAACCGAGUACAAUUUGAUGUUUGUAAUCUUCUCUGUAAGCCGUGUCUUGGUUCAGACGUUCCUGCGGACGUGUAUUAUGAUGCCAUUGUUCAGUUUUUAUUUAUUAAGGACGUAUUUUAUGAAUUGUUUUUAGCACUACGAACAAAUAAAUUUGAGCUGGUCAAUAACGUAGCAAACAAACUGAGCAGAUGGUGAAGGGUAGUAGUCGACUAUAAACACUGUGUAACGAGGAAACGCUGAUUUACAACCUUGCAACGACCUCCUAAUUGCUCAUCUUUUUAAGA